AUUCCUUCUGGAACCCCAACGCCUUCGAGACGGAUUCCGAUCUGCCAGCUGGAUGGAUGAGGGUCCAGGACACCUCAGGGACCUACUACUGGCACAUCCCAACAGGGACUACCCAGUGGGAACCCCCCGGCCGGGUCUCUCCCUCACAGGGGAGCAGCCCCCAAGAGGAGUCUCAGCUCACCUGGACCGGCUUUGCCCACAGAGAAGGUUUUGAGGAUGGAGAAUUUUGGAAGGAUGAACCCAGUGAGGAGGCCCCAAUGGAGUUGGGACUAAAGGACCCUGAGGAGGGGACAUUGCCCUUUCCAACUCAGAGCCUCAGCCCAGAGCCAUUGCCUCAAGAAGAGGAGAAGCAGCCCCUACGGAAUGCCAACCCAGGGAUCAAGUGUUUUGCCGUGCGCUCCCUAGGCUGGGUGGAGAUGACUGAGGAGGAGCUGGCACCGGGACGCAGCAGUGUGGCAGUCAACAAUUGCAUCCGUCAGCUUUCCUACCACAAAAAUAACCUGCACGACCCCAUGUCUGGGGGAUGGGGAGAGGGAAAGGAUCUGCUGUUACAGCUGGAGGAUGAGACACUAAAGCUGGUAGAGCCACAGAGCCAGGCACUGCUGCACACCCAGCCCAUUGUCAGCAUUCGUGUGUGGGGCGUCGGGCGGGACAGUGGAAGAGAGAGGGACUUUGCCUACGUAGCUCGAGAUAAGCUGACCCAGAUGCUCAAGUGCCACGUGUUUCGCUGUGAGGCACCUGCCAAGAACAUCGCCACCAGCCUGCAUGAGAUCUGCUCUAAGAUCAUGGCUGAACGGCGCAAUGCUCGCUGCUUGGUAAAUGGACUUUCCCUGGACCACUCUAAACUCGUGGAUAUUCCUUUCCAAGUGGAAUUCCCAGCGCCUAAGAAUGAGUUGGUGCAGAAGUUCCAAGUCUAUUACCUGGGGAACGUGCCCGUUGCUAAACCUGUUGGAGUAGACGUGAUUAAUGGGGCCCUGGAGUCAGUCCUGUCCUCCAGUAGCCGUGAGCAGUGGACCCCCAGUCACGUCAGCGUGGCCCCUGCUACUCUUACCAUCUUGCACCAGCAGACAGAGGCAGUGCUGGGGGAGUGUCGGGUGCGCUUCCUCUCCUUCCUGGCUGUGGGCAGAGAUGUCCAUACGUUUGCAUUCAUCAUGGCUGCCGGCCCAGCCUCCUUCUGCUGCCACAUGUUCUGGUGCGAGCCCAACGCUGCCAGCCUCUCAGAGGCUGUGCAGGCUGCCUGCAUGCUCCGCUACCAGAAGUGUCUGGAUGCCCGCUCCCAGACCUCCACCUCCUGCCUCCCAGCACCCCCUGCAGAAUCUGUUGCCAGGCGUGUAGGGUGGACAGUUCGCAGGGGCGUUCAGUCGCUGUGGGGCUCCCUCAAGCCCAAACGUCUAGGGGCGCAAACCCCAUGAAGAAGCCUCUCUCCUCCCUCCACCUGCCUGGGUUGGGCCCCAGGGACCUUAAGGGUUUGGGACAUGAAGGGGUCCUUGAUGCCAUUCCUAGGCCUCAAGUCCCCCAUUGCUGCCCUUCUUCAGUAGCUAGGGUUCCCGGCUAGGGGCUGGGGAGGGAGAGAUCUAAUCCCUUCAAGGAAGUGAUAAAACUACAUUGAUGACAAAAGGAGCUGGAAGCAAGGGCCAGCUCAGGCUCUCCAUCCCCAGUGUUUGAGGUGGAGCAGGAGGAACUGGUCCAGACCAGGCCCCAUCCUCAUAAAGCCCAGUAGGGGCAGAAGAGGGAGGAGACUGGUCUAGGCAUGGGUCCCCUCUCCCUUGCUCUGUGGGCACCUUCGCUGUAACUGAUAUCACUAAUAAAGUCUGUCUGCGCU